AUGGUGGCUCCGGCGGCGGCGGCGCUGGCUCUGCGGCUAUCUUCACCCUUCGCGCCAGCGCUAACUCAUGGCGACAGCAGCUGCUUCUUACCCAAGCUCCCCUCUCUCAGCCUCCCAUCGAGCUACUCCAGCAGAAUCGCCGGCGGCCUCCGCCUCGCCGCCGGCGACAGGCGGCCGACGAGUUCCUCCUCCUCCUCCGCCGCCAGGGCCAUCGCCGCAGACUCCGAGCAACAGGCGUCUUCCCCUCCGGCCGAUGAGGUACGAACUCCCAUCCUUUUCCCGCACGAUCCAACCAUCUCGUGAUUCUCGGGUUUCUAGGGUUUCUAGUGUUCUAGGGUUCUGAUCUGCUGUUCUUCUGGGGAGAAGACGAGGAGCUACCACUUCGUGGUGGCGAACGCCAAGUUCAUGCUGGACGAGGAGGAGCACUUUCAGGAGCAGCUGUCGGAGAGGCUCCGCUACUUCGGGGAGAAGAAUCGCGAGCAGGACUUCUGGCUGGUGAUCGAGCCCAAGUUCCUCAACCGGUUCCCCAACAUCACGAGUAGGCUGAAGAGGCCCGCCGUCGCUCUCGUGUCCACCGACGCCGCCUGGAUCACGUAAGCUCUUCUUUCUGCAUCUUCCCCACGGUGCGAAUCAGGGACUCCGAAACCCUAACAAGAAGAGAAAAACUCGAUCCGCCUCCUUUAACCAUCAUCAGCAGGUCCUGCCCUAACCCAGAAUCCAAAAUGGAUAACACUCUCAAACCCUAGCGAGAAGAUGAAGUCAACCGACCCAGGAAUCUCAUCUCUGUGUCGAGGAAGAACAGCCAGGCAUCACCCUCAACAUAAAUAGCCUCCUUGUUCUUCAAUUCUCAGGUUCAUGAAGCUGAGGCUGGACAGAGUCCUGACAGAAAGCUUCGAAGCCAAAACUCUGGAAGAAGCGCUGGCCUCCAACCCAGUCGAUCUGCAGUUUGAGAAGCCCAAGAAUUGGACGGCCCCAUAUCCAAAGUAUGAGUAUGGUUGGUGGGAACCAUUUCUGCCACCAGCCUCCGGUGGAGCAGAUCUGUCUCUGUCGCAGUGA